UACUCGGCAGACCAGAGGAACACGCGCCGUCCUGGUCUGGGCGCCCCACACCGCUAAGUGCCUGGCCCUGGCCCCGGGCUCCCCGCUGCGCCUCGAUCUGCUCUUCUGCAAGGAGGCCGAGAGCCAGCGGCCUGGAAUCAUGCGGCUUCUCCUCCGGCCCCCUCUUCUCUUCUGUUUGCUGCAAAUGAGCUCAGGGGACGUGCCGCCUGGCAUCAAGGACGACAUCUGCCUCCUGCAUCACGGGAACUGCCGGCUGUUUUUCUGCCACUCGGAUGAGAAGAAGACUGAGAUCUGCUCGGAGCCCUGGAACAGGAGCUGCGUGCCCCUCGGGGGCCGGAGGAGGACAGCAGCGAGCCAGAGGCCAGUGGUGCUGCCCAGGCCUGAGUGCCAGCUUCUGGGGGCAGGAGACGUGGGCCGGGGGCACGGGCGGCACACUCAGUCCUCAAUACAUUCACUGGGUGAGCCCAGCCCCGGGGAGCCUGCUGCUUUCUGACAAUGUGCUUUGCCUUUUUCUGUUUUUUAAAGAGA